AUGCCAAGUCUCAAGCUGAUCUCUGCGACCGACACACAGUAUUCAACAUCUGUGCUGAAGUCGAUGAACGAGCAGCGGAAUCAUGGAUUAUUUUGCGACGUCACCAUUAUCAUACAGGACAAGAAAUUCAGAGCUCACAAGACGAUCCUGUCUGCUUCCAGUACAUAUUUCCACCAGCUCUUCAGUGUAGCGGGACAAGUGAUCGAGUUAAACUUCAUUAAAGCGGAAAUCUUCGAGGAGAUUCUCAACUACAUUUACAGCUCCAAGAUUAUCCGUGUGCGCUCCGACAUGCUUGAGGAGCUCAUCAAUGCUGGACAGAUACUGGGAGUCAGGUUCAUUGCAAACUUGGGGUCACCGCUAUCACAAGUUAAGGGUCUUCCUGGUUUGUCCAAGGAGACCGAGAGCAAAAGUGACACACCCACAGAGAUGAUGCCCAUCAUCGCCGAGUCUUUUUCUAUAUCUGCAGAGGAAUUCAAUCAGACAAGCAAGCCGUCGGGCAACGACUCGGACUCUGAAGGUGAUGUUAUGUUUGUCUCACAAACAGACGCUCAAACCAGAGCAGCUAAUCAGAAAGCCGUCCCUGCUGAGGUAAUUGAUGUGGACACAGCUGAUGCAGGAAAGGCAGCAUCAAAGCAAAACGCAGAAUCUAGUCUCACAGUUACAAAUCCGAAAGAGAAAGCAACGACCUCUUUAAAAACAAGUCCUGGAAAGCCUCCCAGCAUCAGCGUUCCAAUCCCCAGUAUCCCCAACAGCAGCCCUCUGCGAAGUCCCGACAGCAGCUCCAAUAACUCGUCUUCCCCUGCCAGAGUUUCCUCAGGAAGUGCCCCAACAACGCCAGCCAGGUCAAGCAAUGUCACCCCCGAACCCUCGAGUGCCUCUCAGUCCUCUGAAACCAGCGAUAUAAUGGGGGUCCACAAGAAGCAAGUCUCUGCCUCAUCCCAGCAAGGGGAUUUCAAAUUAAAGCUCUUAGAUUUGUCUGAUGACCAAGGCGGCUCUAAAGCCAACAAAGGGAAGAGGUCAUUGAUGGCCACGCCUCUGAAACCUCUUGAUAAAACACCCACCUCACCGAAGGGAGGCCCAAACACGAAGAAGACCAAAACGGAGCUCGAGGACCACUAUGAGCUCAUCAUGGACUGGAAGACCUUCUACGAUGUUCUGACGAGUCUCCGUCGUCACUUCAACACCCACUCGUGGGAAAAGAAGUAUCCAUGUCGCUACUGUAACAAGGUCUUUGCACUGGCCGAGUACAGAACUAAGCAUGAAAUCCAUCACACAGGAGAGAGGCGGUACCAGUGCUCGGUGUGCAACGAAACCUUCAUGAACUACCAGUUACUGUCGACCCACUGCAAGCAAGUCCACAACCAGGACCCCAGUGGGAGGAAGGAGAAAGAUGAGACGGACAACAACUUGUACCGACUGCUGCCUAUAUCAAGAGAUUAUGUUAAAGUGUUAAAGUAUUAAAUGCUAGGAGAUCCUUUGUUAGUGAACAGCGUUAAUCUCGUUAUGCUUGUUGGACUAGUCGGGCAGCUCGACAGGAACAACUAACGCAGGACGGUCAGGCGUGUUAUCAGCUGACCUACUCGUCGACAUUCACAGGAGCGUUUCCUCACAGCAUGAACACAACGUCACCGUACCGUUAAUCUGACCGGGCUUACACGCCGGUAGCCGCCUAGCGUGGUGGCGUUCACACUCGACGGCUCCGUUAACUCGGGUCUUAGCGACACACACACACACACACA